CACCUAAUCAUCCCAGUAGCUUUCCUUUUCAUAGCUGGUUCGCAGAAAGAUGAGAGGGAGUGGCAAUACCGUAAUAUAUGACAAAUAACUUUUGGUAGUUAGUGUCCUAUAAAGAUUGGAGUUGGAGUGCCUGGCUCGUUGUUGCUCGCUCUUCGGAUCCAUCUCUUAUGAUUUCUUUUCUCUUCGAAUAAGAAGGAAGAACAUAAACUGCCAAGAUUUUUUUUUUGAAGGGAAAGAUGGAGGACAAGAAGGAGCAGAACAACGGGUGGAUGUCAGUGCCGGCGUUCGGGGACUGGGAUCUGAAGAACGGGUUGCCGGAUUACUCCUUGGACUUCUCCAAGAUCCGCGAGAUGCGCAAGCAAAACAAGAGGGAUAUCUCCCGCGCCAGCCUCGGCAACGAGGAGGACCUCAUCCCCUCCCAACAACACCACCAAUCCCAGGCGCAGGACCACCGUCCUCGUACUCCCUCCGCCGAUCUCCACCGUCCGCACCACCUCCAUCCCCACGACAACUCCCCCACCGGGAGGAAGAAGUUUAUGAGCUACUUCCAUUGCUGUAUAGGAGCAUGAAAUGCUGGCUUCCACAAUUGCUGCAUGGCCUGUAGGAACUGGGGGCGAUCAUGGCCUCCACAGCCUCCAAGUUUUUUGUGUGGUGAUGUAUGUUUGUGGGCGAUUACUACUUAUUCGCUAUACAUGCUUGGAUUGUCUUCAUUCUUAUUUGAGUGCUUGUUGUGCAAAAAAAACGAAGUAUUGUGGGGCUAUGUAUUUGAUCAACCUUGGCACUUUGUUCACUGCUUGUUUAUCGGAUACGCAACAACGUUUUUUUUUUUUUUUUGGUAGGAAGAUACGCAACAACGUUUGACAGCAAGUAGUAGUUCAUAUUGGGAGGUUUGACCGCCCACAAUCCGGUUCGAGAAUGCAACGCCAUCAUUGCAGCUUUCACUUUUUUUACCUGCAUGAGAUGCUCUUUUUCUUUCUAAUCCCUGCUUCAUGGGGUCAUGUUAUGUCAGCUUAGUGGGUGACAAACUCUGGAUUUUGGGAAUAUCCUGUUGUAUAUCUGCAGACAUGAAAUGGUAGGAUUUCCAGUGAA